UGACGUCAGGAGGAACCCUGCUGGUGGAGGUUGGCGCGUGCAGAUUCAGCGCGAGCGCUCAGAGUAGGAGAGACAGCAGGCGGGCUCCAGGCAGAGAUACCGGACCUUCGUGACAGCACAUUUUCAGUAUUGUUUCUGAGCGUCACAACAAGAAGAUGCCGCUGGAUGAGGACUGUCAUGCCUGGAAAAAGAAGACCACGGACAUAAAGGAGAAGUAUGACUUCAAAGACGUCCUGGGCACGGGGGCUUUCUCUGAGGUGGUCUUGGCUGAGGAGAAGAGGACUCAGAAAUUGGUGGCCGUCAAGUGUAUCCCCAAGAAGGCCUUAGAGGGCAAGGAAAACAGCAUUGAGAAUGAGAUAGCAGUACUGCACAAGAUCAAACACACCAACAUUGUGUCUCUGGAAGACAUAUUUGAGAGUAAAUCACACCUCUACCUUGUCAUGCAACUAGUGUCUGGUGGGGAACUCUUUGAUCGUAUCAUAGAGAAGGGCUUCUACACAGAGAAAGAUGCCAGUAAGCUCAUUCAGCAGAUCUUGGAUGCUGUCAAAUACCUCCACGACAUGGGCAUUGUGCACCGUGACCUCAAGCCAGAGAAUCUGCUGUAUUACAGCAUGGAUGAAGACUCCAAAAUCAUGAUCAGUGACUUUGGUCUGUCAAAAAUUGAGGGCUCUGGCAGUGUGAUGUCAACAGCCUGUGGAACUCCUGGAUAUGUCGCCCCUGAAGUUUUGGCUCAGAAGCCCUACAGUAAAGCAGUGGACUGCUGGUCUAUUGGUGUCAUAGCAUAUAUUCUGUUGUGUGGUUAUCCUCCCUUCUAUGACGAGAAUGAUGCCAAACUGUUUGAACAGAUCCUGAAAGCAGAAUAUGAGUUUGAUUCUCCGUACUGGGACGAUAUCUCUGAUUCAGCUAAAGAUUUUAUAGUACAUCUGAUGGAGAAAGAUCCCAGCAUACGUUACACUUGUGAGCAGGCUCUGCAGCACCCCUGGAUUGCUGGGGAUACUGCGCUGGACAAGAACAUUCACGAGUCUGUCAGUGCGCAGAUUAAGAAGAAUUUUGCUAAGAGCAAGUGGAAGCAAGCAUUCAACGCCACAGCAGUGGUUCGUCACAUGAGGCGUCUCCAGCUCGGCACAGGACAAGAAGGAGCCAACCCAGCUCAUCUGCUGAUGCCGGGGGAAGAUGCAGAGGCUUGCUGUGAGGGAGGGUGCUCCCAGAACGUCGACAGCGGAGUAGAUGCUCUGUCCAACUGUCCAACAUACCGCUGCCACCCGACCAGCAGGGUGUGAUCCAUACCUGCUCCACCUACUUAUCUAAUUGAUCCCAAGUCACUUUCCAAUUUAAACUCCCUCAGUGGCACCAGAGGCGCUGUCUCCCCACUUAUCUGGUUGCUGGACUACUGAGUCAUUCCAACCUCUCGUCUGCAGGGGGAGCAAGCCAGCCCAGCCUGAAGAGGAAAGUCAUAAACCCGGUUGAAAGUGGAGGAGGUGGAAGAAUUGAUGAUAACGAUGAUGAUGCACCACAGCGGGUGAUUUUUGGGAUGAGUUUAAAAGGAGGAGAGGAUACCAAGGAAGUGGGGGAACGCAAACUUUUCCAUCAUCGUUUCUGGGGGGGAUUGUUUUUGCCGAAGCAGAACAGAGCUUGUUGGACACUGUUUUUAUUUGUUGAGGUUUUUGUUUUUGUUUUUUGAAUUCAGUUCGUCUCAUUGUUUGUUUUUAUUGUUUUGUAUAUUUGUGUGUUCCUUCCUACUGUUAGACUUUGAAGUACAAAUCCAGAAACAAUAUCUGCAUGAUCAGGAGAGAAUUUCCCAAUGCAUGUUUUCCUAUUUCUAAAAACAUACACUGUUUCAGUAAUGCAGCAUCGCAGUACGAAACAAAUGACGCAGUGCCAGAAUGACGGAGCAUUUCUGGCAUUUUUUUUGCAGCAUUUGAAACAAAAACUGAGUCAAAUCUUGUAAUAUUACAGAGCUGCAUUCUGUGUCUUUAAGUCAUGCUUUUAGACAAUCAGCAACAGAAUAGUUUAUGCAAUGAAAACUCCAUUUAUUUACUAUGUAGCCUUUCUCGUGGUGAUACAGUGUUUCCAUGCAGUGGUUAGGGUCUCUGAGAGGAAAAAGCUUCUCCAUUUAUCUUUUGUUCACAUUUGUUUUUCAACCUUCAACCUCUUUAACCGCUUGCACACAGGGAUUUCUCUUUGUCUAAGGUGCCUUUAGGAUAUACACUAUGAUGGGUCUAUUGGUGAGAGUUGUUGCAACAGAACCUCUUUCUGGAACUUCAUAUUUUGUACAUGUUAUACUUUGAGCUUUAGGAUGUAGUUUUACGGUUAAUUGCUGUAAUUUUAGACUGGAUGCCUGAAGACAAAAUGUAAGCUAAUGAUAUUUUUCAUUAAUUGUUAAUGAAAAUAACAUUAAACUCCUUAUAAUACGACAAGGUAAAUCAACAACAAGGGACAGCUUUGACACUGGUGUUUACAAAGACCCACUUUACACCCAUCGGUGCAUUUUAUGUAAGAAUAAAAAGUAAAUAUUUCACAUUUAUUACAUUCAGUUCCCUUUAAAAACCUACAUGGACAAACAGAGUUUUAUUGGUCCUUUUACUGGCUUUUAUAAUGAAUCUUGGUAUGUAAAUGCUGGAGAAUCUAUAAAUGUUCAUUUAGUGUGUUCAUAUUGGUUGCUGCAGAUGUUAAGGUGUUUUGUGUGCAUUUAAUUGGAUAUUCUGUACUUUUGCUCUGGAACCUGUUACAGUGGGUCCUGUCCUGAGCUCAGCGCUGUCAAAAGCAGUACAAGCGAUGAUCUCUGCCCUCACUGCUCUCUGUCAUUGACUUUCAGCUGAUCAUUCUUGCUCAUGUAAUUUAGUGCUGGUUACAUAUGUUUGCAUGAUGUGGUUUGAAAAUUGUGACCGUUUCUUAAAUUGUACAGCCACCAUGAGAUGAAUGCAGAUAAAAGGAAGAUGUUUCUUUUUAUUUGACAACCGUUUUAUCCAAAUCCUGUCAUGCAAAUGAGUAAAGAGCAAAGAAAAAAAAUAGUACUAACAUUUCAACAGGUUCAAACGAGUUUAGUGUGCUGCUUCAAAAAAUAAUUUUUGAAAUUUUCUGCAUAUAUUUGGGUAAGCAUUGUACUGUAUUUAGAUGGUAAGAAAAGGCAAAUAUUUUUUUUCAGGAAUUUGUUUUUGUUUUUUUUUGCGUGAAUUGUUUGUAUGUUUUGAGUUGUUUGUAUGUCAUGAAGCAGAGGAAAGCACACAGACGUGCAGCCAGGCUAAUUUUGGAGCAAUCAAUAUUAAAACUGAUCCCGUGCUAAUGAAAACAGCUCUAAUUUGAGUCGUUGUUGGCCGUGUCUCCUUUAGACGGCUGCAACACAAUAAAUAAUAAAAGAAAUGGAUUUAAAAUGUUCCUUCAAAUCCUCCAUGUAAAUAGUCUUUUCUUUUAGCUGCUCCUUUUAGGGGACACCACAGCAGAUCACGUUGCUCUAUCUCACCCCGUCACUUGCAUAACCCUCUGCAUGUCCUCCUCCAUUAAAUUAAAAACUUAAUACCCAUAGAAAACAUAUUGCAGGAAAAAAAAAUCUAGUGAUGAUGAGUAAGAAGAUGGUUUGUUGUAUUUAACAUGCAAAAAAAUACUAACAGAAGUCCUUGAAAGUUCUAAUUUGAUUCUCUGCUGAGGCAAGAAAUUGAAAUGUGCGAGGAAAUGGAAGAUUUUUACAUCCGAGGGUAAUAAAACACAUGAUGGGGAAAUAUAACCACAUCAGAUUAUCUGCUCAGUCAGCCGUGCUUGUAGGAAAACUGCCGGAAUGAUAUCGGGAACAUGUAGGGAAAGGAUGUGCUAAUGACCUCACAGUUGGUUUCAUACGUUGCUACUGCUUUUGACAAAUUUCAUUUAUAUAUUUUACACUGCGCCAGUCUAAAGGAGCGAGACAGUCUUUCUCCUCUAACAGCUUGUAGAGAAUGACCAGUGUGUGGUGACAGUUUGUUCUGAGUGUUUGUACCAUAAUUAUGUUGCCUUUUAAUAAAUGCUGUUUUGGGCUGCAGUACCUACUGUAUACACAGAUGCAAUGCAUCAUGGGUUGUUGAAAAGUGACUAUUGCUUAGUGUGAAAGCCAGUGAUUUGUAAGGGAAGCAUACAUUAAAAUCCUUGUCUAUGCA